UACGCAACGUAGCGGAAGAAAAUGAAUACAAUGGCAAUUUGGAAAUCAAUUAAGUUAUGAAAAAAAGAGCAUUAAUUGCCUUUCUUUGUGGUGGAUGUGUUACGGAAUGGCGGACUGAGAGCAGUAGCGCACCGUCAGACGCUGUUUUGCCUCGACUGAAACCGUUAGUUGUUUACCGAGUCAGCCAGAAAGAGCAGGAUACUUUGGAGAAUGAGUUGAUUGUUUUCGAGGGAAUCCAGAGGAGGUUGAAAAUAAAAAGGCUACGUUAACUGGAAGAUGCCAAGAAGAAAACAACAGAAUCCACAACCAGUCAAGUUGGAUUCUGAAGAUGGAUUAGGCACUGUACGUCCAGCAAGCCUUACCUUUGAGAGCGACUUUCUCCUGGGACAAGAACUCGAGUUUUCAGAUCCUGACAAUGACAACAAGAUCAUAGGUCUUGAAAGGUUCUCAGCUGACAUCAGUCUGCCUGGCUUCCCCUUGGGAGACGAGGAGAGCUCAUCCUUCAGCCGCCUCAGUAUGGAGAGUGACGCCGAUGACCUGCGUGCGACCGAAAGCGAGCAUGAAGAGAGGGUUUCUGAGUCUGCCUUUCCCUCUUACCUCUCUUGCAGGGGCUGUGGGCAGCUCCUGGAAGACCCCCUGGGACCCGGCAUGGACUUGGUGGGGCCCUUCUGCAUGCGCUGCUGCAAAGGGAAUGCGGAUGGUGUUGUGGACAGGAAGCUCUGCUCGGGCUUAGGUUUACAAGCGGAGGCUAGAGGGGGAGGGAAUGAGGGCGCUGGUGUGGAGGAUGGUUCCCUAAAGCUCCACUCAUGCACGCUCUGUGGUUUCACUUCGCGCUACACUAACCAUGUUAAGAGGCACAUGAAGACGCACAAUGGCGAAAAGCCGUAUGGGUGUCCGCUGUGCUCCUAUGCAUCGGCACAACUAGUAAACCUGCAAAGGCACUUGCGCAUACACACCGGGGAAAAGCCCUAUAAGUGCAACCACUGCACAUUUGCGUGCAGUUCCUUAGGGAACCUGAAGAGGCAUCAGCGUAUGCAUGCAGUUGUAAGCCCGGGUCAGAGUGCCCUUCAGCCAAUAAGCGGCAACGGUUUAAACCACAUUAUGCCGGGUCAGAAGGAAAAGGAAGUGGCUCCUGCCCCCACCGAAGGCGAGAAGCCCCAUAAGUGCCAAGAGUGUGGCUACACCACUGGCCACUGGGACAAUUACAAACGACAUCAGAAGAAGCACAGCCUCACGACAGAUGGGUGGGCUAAAGUGCAGUUGCCUGGAAAUGAGGAAGAGAUGGAGGACGAAGAAGAGGUGUAGCCUCUUAUUGCAAGACAGUUGUCCAUAUGAGAUUUUACUGUUACUGCAUACGCUUUGUUGGUUGCUCUUUUUUUUCUUUGUACCCUCAUUUAUUUUGAAAGCCAUUAUUUUAGACAUUUCUUGGAAUUGUCCACAAGCUGCUACAUGAAGUCAUGCACAAAUUAAAAGACAGUUACCUGAAUGUCCUAAUGCAGGGGUUGUCCUGUCCCGCUCCUGGAGGGCUAACCUUCUUGCAGACUCUAAAGCAUAAAACACUAAACACACUUUAAACACACUUCUAAACACACAUUUAAACACUAAGCACACCUGAAAUGGCUAAUCAAGGUCUUUAGGGUGACUUGAAAAUUCCUGCCAGGUUUGUGGGAGAUGAUCAGCACUAAACUCUGCUGGAAAGUGGUCCCCCAGGGGCAGGUUUGGACAUUCCUGAUUAAUGCCUUUGAACAAGGCAGUUUGUGUUACACAAAGAGUGUUCUGAGCCUGAUUGUGGUUCAUUUAUCAGUGCCAAACUCUGCACCACUGCCACAGGAAGUUCUUCUUUAAGCCUGGAGCUACAUUGCAUGCACUUAAAGUUUACCCUGGUUGGCUCUUUUGAGGUUUUAUGUGUUUGAUCAUUUAUUCAUCAAAGAAAUUCAAAACCCUACUGAUGAAAAUGUCUGUUAUGUUGUGAUCUUUGAUAAUCUUGUUUUUGCUCUCAAUAAUUCUGAGAGGUUAUGUUGCCUUUUAUUGUUGUGUGUAUCUUUUUUGACUGUGAAAAAUGCCAUUUGUCUGAGUUUACUUGAAGCAAAAUGGUGCAUAGUGGGUAUCCGUGUCAUGCUGAACAUAAGAGCUUUUAUUUUUGUAUGUGAUUUCAUUUUUUUUUUUUUUAUCUCUGAGGAAUGUUUGGCAUGUAUUUGCCACCCCUUGGCAUUGUUAGCUAUACUGAAGGACGACAGUAACCGUAAACCCUAAUAUGCAGUUAAACCUUCAGGUUGCCAAAAACGACAGAUCAUUGAUGUAAUCUUGUAGGUGUGUGAUGCUCGAGUGUUUUCUUGUUAUUAUGCAGUGGUUUCAUUAAUGCCUUAACCUCAAAUAAAAGAGUUUGUGUUGAAACUUCAUCUAAGUUAAUUUGCCAUCUUUCAGUCACACGACUGCUCAGAAGUAAGUUCCUAAUAGACCAGCAGGGUAUGAUUAAGCUGUGGAGACAGGCAGUGUGUAAUCCUCACACUUCCAUAAUGAGAGCUGUGAUCCUCUGCUGCGAACAGCUCUGGUAAACAUGCUAAUGAAGACGGCGCCCCGGGCCGCACCGGAGCACUGACAACUCUUGGCAGUGAUCUUCAUGCUGUUAGCUUGUGAGAAUGAGUCGGAGAUCAUUUUUCUGAAGCGUUACAGCCUGUUUUGAGGCAAAAGCUUAUAUUAAAAAUCAAUUUUUACAAUCUGUGAUCACUGAAUGAUGAAACAAAUUGUAGGAGGUCAAAAAGCUACAUUUUCAAUGGUUCAACCUUGGACCUUUAGUGUUUUUUUUUUUUUUUUUUACACUAAGCACAGGAGUCAUUGUGUCUACAGGCAAUCUCAUGAUAAUCACACAUGCUGAAAUACCCAUCAUGCUUGUGUUAUUAAACCAGGGAACAGAAAACAACACAGAGUAGCACCAUUUGGCACCUAAAUUUAUUGAAACCCAGAAGGCUCUAACUUCCAUUCUUGGAUUUAAAAUGAAGUGAGAAUUUGAGAAAUAAAUCAUACUGAUUCAUGAGCGAUAUACAGGGUUUAAGAUUAAAGAUGGUUACCCCUUUCAUCCUAGACAAUGAUGAUGAUGAUGAUGAUGCUGGUGAACAUACUGAACAUGGCAAUCACAAAUUACAAUCAUCAGCUCAAAAAUAAUCAGCCAUACAGCACACAGACAUGAGAACAACCUUCGUAUUUAACACAUUCUGCCUAUGGGAGGAAUCAUAUUAUAUAUAUAUCAUCUGGGAUGAAGAAUAAGGGAAUUUCAUUCAAUUUGACUAUCAUUGCAGUCAAAAACCCAGCAUAAAUUUAAAACCCAUCCAUUUCCCAAGCACCAUGUGAUCACAGUCCUCUGAGAUGAUUGCCACAAUGCAUUUAGUAAAAUACAAAAUGGAUCUAAAUGUAUAUGAUAUAACGAAAAAUGCAGACUGGAAUGAUAUUCUUCAAAAUGAAAUAUAUAAAGUGUACUAAGACUAUCGCUGAAAUUUAGAUGCGAAAUUUGUAAACACUCUUUUUCGACAAUUUUGUAAACACUGAUAAAUGUUAGUUUCUAAUCUUUUUAUUUUUAUUUAUACACAGCCUGGAUUAUAUUUGGUCAAAUGAUAAUACAGAUAUUAGUAAAUAUUCAGAAUAUAUAUAUUUAAAUUGCAUGUACAUUAAUAAAAGUGACAUUACCAUGAUUUUUUUGUGCAAAAUGCUUUAGUGAACUACAAUUUUGGCAUUUAUGAGAAACCUUUGUAAAUAUCGGUUCAAGAAAAAAAAAAAAAAAAAAAACCCUACAAAUCUCUUGCGAAUGUUCCAGGAUGUUUCCCCACAGUUUUAUGAUCUCAAUAAAUACCCAAGCCAUCUAUCUUACUUAAUACUGUGCAAAAAAAAGACAUGAGUUCAGCUAGUGCAGGCGGGCCAGCCGAACACACCAAAACAAAGCGAGAUUCAGGACACAGCGGUGGCCAGAUUGAGAGAAGCUUUUUAGCCAACUCGUGUCCGGUGCUACAUUUAAUGUUAAAUUUGAGAAGUUAAACUGUAAGGCGUCUGAAUCAGCAUAAGGCAGAGAGAAAGCAGGCCACAGUAAAGAUCUUGUAUUUUCAUCCAUGCAAUGAAUAUGCAGUAGGUGUCAGGUCGAGUUUACCUCUCCUGAACAAAAAA